AUGCCAGUGCUGAAUGAAAGCAUCUGUGUUCGUUCACAACCACAUAACAUCUUGCAGAAGCGCCUGAUGGAGACAAAUUUAUCAAAAUUACGAAACAGCCGAGGCAGCUGGACUCCGAAGAGUGAUAUCUCGGUGCAGACCAACAAGCUGAAUCAAACCAAACAGGGCAGCUCAGGGAAAACAGAGGACGAGGAGCUCAUAGUGGUGAGCUGCCAGUGUGCUGGCAAGGAGCUGAAGGCCGUGGUGGACACUGGCUCGCAGCACAACCUCAUGUCAUCUGCCUGCCUCGACCGGCUAGGGUUAAAGGAGCAUCUCAAAGCACUCCCCGGAGAAGACGAGAUGGUGUCAUUGCCAUGCAAGGUGAGGGCGAUCGGCCGGAUCGAGGGCCUUGCCCUCACAGUGGGAGCGGUCCCCGUGGAGUGCACUGCCCUCGUCGUGGAAGACCAUGAGAAACCCUUCUCCUUUGGGCUGCAGACACUGAAAUCUCUGAAGUGUGUCAUAAACAUGGAGAAGCACCAUCUUGUUCUGGGGAAGACGGACAGGGAAGAAAUCCCGUUUGUGGGCAGCGGCAGUGCUGCAGCGGGCGAGCAGUAA